AUGAACACGACCACAAACACAACAACUCUGUGGGAGGUUCUCCAGGAGCUCCAAGCUGAACCAUAUGGAGAAAGCUUGGCCACGAAUGCUUUCUGGAUAUUCCUAUUCCUCAUCCUCUUCAACUUCGUCUGGACACUCUGGCAGUUGGAUGACCGUGCCUUCUACAAGUCGAUCAACAGCUCAACGCACAAUGACCCAACAAGCGAGACUAACAUUGAGUCGACGCCGUGGGACUCCAUGUCACGCAAAAUCACAUCACGUAAUGUCCAGUGUCUUGCUGUCACCUUUUCCAGUUUUCUUCUCCUGGCGCAGCUCGCCGAAGGCUACUGGGUGUCACAACUAUCUACUGGAAUUACCAUCCAAGAGUUCACCAAGUGGAGCGAAGCGACCUCCCACUUCGAACCGGCUGUCUUGCGAUACAUUGUCAAUAUCCCUGCGAUCGUCCUCUUGAUAAUCGUGUGGACCGGAACCCUGGGCAUCGGCGCUGUCAUACUUCAUGUCCAGUGGAGAUACACCAAGGAGGUUCUCAUGCUCAAUAUCAAGGAACAGAACAAGGGGUAUUACCAAGGCCCACAGUGCCCAACAGAAACUGGAAAUGAGGAGAACGACGACGAUGUUGAUCUAAAAUCCGGCUUGUUUAUAGCGGAUAAGGACGCCCCAGGGAAUCUGUUCGGAACGACAUAUCGAUGA